AUGAAAGAGGCGUGGGCGUGCAAGAGGGCCGAGAUCAGGGGCAAGAUCGAGCGGUACGAGCUAGCGCCGAAGGCCCCAAAGCCGUCAUCGGUGGGAACGACGAUUUCUGGGUCAACGAUCAUGAUCACAAUGUCGGAGGGCGGGGGGCUGGUCGCGUGGGCGUGGGGUGCGAGCCGGGUGGUAGACGCGCUGGAGCUGCUCGGGACGGAGGCGACGGGGAUCGACGCGAGGCGGCUGGCGGCUGGCAGUGACGGGGAAGGGGGUUUACUGGCGAAUAUUGGGGGAGAUGAAGCGCAACGGGACACGAGUGGGGGACGUGGUAUAGAUCGUGACGGGGACGGGUGGUUCGCGGACGCGUUCUGGCGCUACGUCGACGGCGUAGUGGUACUCCCGUACGACCACCACACGCCAGAGGCGUACGACUGCUCCGUGACCGGCCGCCGUGUCUACGAGGCGCUCGGCGUGCCGGGCCGUCUCGGCUUCUCGCAGACCUCCCACGGUAACUCCCACUGCCGGCUGCCCGCGUCGCAGAACGCCGAGGUCGCCGCCUUCUUCACCAAAUUUUUGCUCGGCUGCCAGUCGGCCGCUACCGACGUCAUGAAGACGGAUAGUAGGUUCAACUUUAUCCCCGAGAGGUGGAUCGACUGGGAGACGCCGACCUUAACUUAA